UGAAUAUGUAGAUAAAUGAGCCAGAUUCACAUAGAUCAGAAGUUUUAUCUGUCAUCCAGUCUCUGGUCUUGUCAAGUCGUUCUUUUGUUUGAUAGGUGCUCCACGUCACCAUGUAUAUCUCCUCCCAAAAUCUGGUACUCGCCUUAUCGGCGCUGCCUUCAGCAUUUGGCAAAUCCUUCUCUCACCAUGCUGAAGCUCCUCAAGGCUGGCAAGUCCAAAAGACUGCCAAAGUCGCUUCCAACACGCAGCAUGUCUUCAGUCUUGCACUAACCAUGCAAAACGUGGAUCAGCUCGAAUCCAAGCUUCUUGACCUCUCCAGCCCCGACAGCGCCAACUACGGUAACUGGCUCUCCCACGAUGAGCUCACAAGCACUUUCUCUCCUUCCAAGGAGGCGGUGGCUAGUGUGACAAAGUGGCUCAAGUCAAAGGGCAUCAAGCACUACAAGGUCAACGGUGCUUUCAUUGACUUUGCUGCUGAUGUUGAGAAGGCCAAUACGCUUCUCGGAGGUGAUUACCAGUACUACACUAAGGAUGGUCAGACGAAGCUGAGAACGCUGUCUUACUCCAUUCCUGAUGAUGUCGCCGGUCACGUUCAAUUUGUUGAUCCUAGCACAAACUUCGGUGGCACCGUUGCGUUCAACCCUGUGCCUCACCCCUCGCGCACCCUCCAAGAGCGCAAGGUCUCUCCCUCCAAGAGCACCGUUGAUGCUUCAUGCCAGACAAGCAUCACCCCUUCUUGCCUCAAGCAGAUGUACAACAUUGGAGACUACACUCCCGAUGCCAAGUCUGGAAGUGAGAUUGGUUUCAGCAGCUUUCUCGGCCAGGCUGCUAUUUACUCUGAUGUCUUCAAGUUUGAGGAGCUGUUUGGUAUUCCUAAGCAGAACUACACCACUAUUCUGAUCAACAAUGGCACCGAUGAUCAGAAUACUGCGCAUGGAAACUUUGGAGAGGCUAACCUUGAUGCUGAGAACAUUGUUGGAAUCGCUCAUCCUCUUCCUUUCAAGCAGUACAUUACUGGAGGUUCACCACCUUUCGUUCCCAACAUCGAUCAGCCCACCGAGAAGGAUAACCAGAACGAGCCCUACGUGCCUUUCUUCCGUUACCUCUUGGGCCAGAAGGAUCUCCCAGCCGUCAUCUCCACUUCCUACGGCGAUGAAGAAGACAGCGUUCCUCGUGAGUAUGCUACACUCACCUGCAACAUGAUCGGUCUUCUCGGUCUCCGUGGCAUCAGUGUCAUCUUCUCUUCCGGUGACAUCGGUGUCGGUUCCGGCUGCCUUGCUCCCGACUACAAGACCGUCGAGUUCAAUGCCAUCUUCCCCGCCACAUGCCCCUACCUCACCUCCGUCGGCGGUACCGUCGACGUCACCCCCGAGAUCGCCUGGGAGGGAUCCUCCGGCGGAUUCAGCAAGUACUUCCCCCGACCCAGCUACCAGGACAAGGCCAUCAAGAAGUACAUGAAGACAGUCUCCAAGGAGACCAAGAAGUACUACGGCCCUUACACCAACUGGGAGGGCCGAGGUUUCCCUGAUGUCGCUGGACACAGUGUUGCGCCUGACUACGAGGUUAUCUACAAUGGUAAGCAGGCUCGAAGUGGAGGUACCAGCGCUGCUGCCCCUGUUUGGGCUGCUAUCGUUGGUCUGUUGAACGAUGCCCGCUUCAAGGCUGGUAAGAAGAGCUUGGGAUGGUUGAACCCUCUUAUCUACAAGCAUGGACCCAAGGUCUUGACUGACAUCACCGGUGGCUAUGCUAUUGGAUGUGACGGUAACAACACUCAGUCUGGAAAGCCCGAGCCCGCUGGAUCUGGUCUUGUUCCCGGUGCUCGAUGGAACGCCACAGCUGGAUGGGAUCCUACCACUGGCUAUGGAACUCCCAACUUCCAGAAGUUGAAGGACUUGGUUCUCAGCUUGUAAGAUUAUAAACUAUAUAGAUAAUGAAUCUGUCCUGUAAUUUAUUCGCACUCAUAUACAAAUGGUCCGUCCGUUAAUAUCAGUUAUUUAUGAGCGAAUUAAAACAUUGACCCCACGCUCUUCUGCCAGAUCCUUAAUUUCUUGUAUCUUUUCCCUCAUCGGGUCGUCCACAAGUGCCUUGGAACAAUCCAGUGUCUGAAGAUUUCUCAAUCGCCCCUGUGGUCCCGUCUCCCUGACGAGAUUAAGAACAAAGUCCAAGAAAGGUGAGAUUUCAUGGUCGGGAAGACGUCGUGCGUUAGACCACAAGUUGAUGUCCAAGAGCCUGAGAUGCUGGAUAGAUCCCGGCAACCGCACAGGACUUUCCUCUCGAGAUCCUGAAUAAACCCAUAGUUCGUGGCCGGAUAAAUGAGGCAUCGGAACGCUGAGGACCUUGAGGCCUGUGAGAUGGUGGUAGCAAUCUUUGAAAUCAAUGGGCUUAGAAUCGUCUGCCGCAUCAUCAACAGCAUCUCCCACCCACUCAACAUCACAGUUAUUAACACACAGAUGCAACUCCUCCAGAGAUGCAGCGUGAUGAAACAGGCUCCUAGCUAGUGUUAUCCAGCUGCGCUCAUUCUCAUCAAGGUCGAAUGAGAAGUGGAGGUAGAAAUGUCUUAAGCUGCUACAAGAUCCGAGAAGGUCUGAGAGUCCAUUACUCGAUAAGGUUGUCUCUUCGAUAGUGAUAGACUCAAUAGACGAGGUACCCUUCGGAAAAGGCAUGCAAUACCUGUCUUUGAUAUAGCGUUGAACACUGUCCUCGAGAUCGUUGUAGUCCUGAUCACCAAGUCUGUACGUUUUGAGGUCCUUGAGAUUUGGGAGAUAGAGAAACGGUGUCAGGUACUUGAGCGCAACAAUGCUUUCAAUAUUAUUAUGUCGAAACUCGAGCUCUCGAAGCUUUGCCAGUGGUAGCGGUGCACUUGGUUUGAGGUCUUUGCUGUCAAAACGAAGAGCCAGUUGUUUUGCAAAGCGCAGAACAAGAGGGCCUUCAUCAUAUCCUGGUGUCGGAUCGAAGAAAGGAAUCGUCACGCUGAGGCUUGUCAGAUUGGUUGCCCAGGCCAGGACGAGAACAGCAAUGGCGUCGUCGUUGUCUUCAAGGAUUCGGGCACAUAGGUAUGUGGACUCUGCUAGUGUCGGAACGACUUCUUCAGCUGCCCAUGCAAGCAUUUGGAGGUUAUCGGGUUUCAUGGGAACGCGAGCCGCGUCGCGGUCAUGAAUACUUUGAAAGUAUGAAAACGAUAGAGUCUUGACUUGUAGACGGUAUUCAGGAUGGCGCAAGAGUUCGAGCGCUAGUCUUGAGAUUGGUGGACAUGGCGAAUCGCCGUCGUAGUAGCCGUAGUAUCCUUCAUCGCUCCAGUGACGGACGCGAAGAGGACUAGCGAGCUGUUUGAAAUGCUUGUUGACGAGAGUGACGUUAAAGAUGCUGGAGUGGUUGAUGUCAGAGAGAUGUGUGAAGAUACUCGUGAGGAUCUCAUUCGGGAUAUCUUUGAGGCGAGUCAUGGCGAU